AAUAUGAACUCUACCCAAUAUUAUUUUUCAUUUUACAGUAGCUUUGACAUGGCUCUUUCUGGGAUCCUGACAGAAGCUGAAAUUGCUGCUGGCCUACAGAGCUGUCAAGCUGCUGAUUCAUUCGAUUACAAAAUCUUUUUUGUCAAAGUGGGUCUCAACUCCAAGUCCAAAGACCAGCUCACUAAAGUCUUCGGAAUUCUUGACCAGAACAGGAGUGGCUUUAUUGAGGAAGAUGAACUGAAACUUUUCCUGCAGAAUUUCUCAGCCAGUGCCAGAGCUUUGACUGAUGCUGAGACCAAGACAUUCCUGGCAGCAGGUGAUAGUGAUGGAGACGGUAAAAUUGGAGUGGAUGGUAAGACUGCCUUUAUUAAACGGAGUAAUAUCUGCCUUUGA